AGACAUCCACGCUGAGCAGCAGUCUGACUGGUGAGAAGGGAGCAGAAAGGAGAGCGUGGAGUCUGGAUCGCCUUGCAAGUCACCAGCCAUGCCUGCUCCUCUGCUCCCGCUGCUGCUCCGCACGCUGCUGGCCCGCCUGCUGCUGCCCGCUGCCCGCCUGGCCCGCCAGCACCUCCUGCCCCUGCUGCGCCGGCUGGCCCGCCGCCUGGGCUCCCAGGAUUUGAGAGAGGCUUUGCUGGGCUGUCUGUUGUUCGUCCUCAGUCAGAGACGCCCGCCGGACACCGGGGAGACUUCCAGAGUGGCCCGCCUGGAGAGGAGGGAGAGGCUAGCCUCCCAAAAAUGAGGCCAUGAAUCCUGGUAGCAGCUGUGCCCCCUGAAAUGCUUUAUUUCAGAGUAAGACAGUCCUGGCUCCAUCACUGACUGCAGCCUCCCCAGUGGGCAGAAGACAUGGUGGGGGACUGAGCAUGAGAGGGGUCCAGCUAGGACAUGGCCCCCCCUCCCAGCAGAAAGGAUUGGAAGGAUGCUCUGCUUCCAGAAAACAGAUCACCGUCCCUCCCUCCCAGCAUUCUUCCCCGCAUUCUGGCCCCUGGAGGGAGGGGAACUGACACUCCACCACCCAGGCAAAUGGAGACCGGAGGUCCAAAGAGGAACCCUGGGACAAUGGACAAUUCGGCUAAUCCAGACUGCCUCUGGUUUGAGAUUUCCCAAAUAAUAAGAACUUGGUUCCCCAGGGAGUUACUCCUGCCCCCAAAGCCCAGUAUGCAAUAGGGGCUCAAUAAAUAAUUUGUGGCCUUUAA